AAAAAGGGAGCCGCUGGGAGCUCGGCCCCAAGAGAUUCCCGGUUGCAGAGGGGGCCUGCUGGAAGGAGCCGGAAUGGGCACAAAAUCUUUAUGGGAGAAACUCCAAACCCUCCAGUGUCAUUUCAACUGGUGCUUCGAGCUGAGGGAUGAGAUGAACAUCGGUCACAUCCUCAACAUGGUGGCUCUCAAGGUGGAGCACACGGCCUAUCACAACCGCGGCAUCUACCUGGCCAUGAGGGCAUACCUGCAGCAGCUGCAAGGGAAUUACCUGGAAGCGCUGGACAGCCUCCGAGAAGCAGAAACGAGACUCCAGCAAGACCAGCCGGACAACUUCUCCCGCCAAGCCUUGCUGAUUUAUGGGAACUACGCCUGGAUCUAUUACCACUUGGUCAACUACCAGAUGGUGGAGCUCUACUUGGGCCGGAUUUCUGAGAUCUGCCGGUCCCUUUCCAGCCCAGAGCCAUACUCUGUGCAGAUCCCCGAGAUCCAUGCGCAAAAAGGGUGGACCCUCCUGGCCCUUGGCUUCCGAAAGGGGGAAGAGGCCACCGAGUGUUUCCAAACGGCACUCCGAGAAGACGAGUCCAACCCGGACUUCCAGGCCGGUCUGGCAAUCUCUGUCUUUGCUUCCUGGACUCACUCUUUCAAGUCUUACCUUUGGGAAAAGGCCAGAAGGUUGCUGGAACAGAUUCUCUGCCGCCAGCCCCAAAACUAUGAAAUCAAAACGCAUUUGGCUGAUCUGCUAGAGAGAAAAGACUGGUGGAGGUCCAUGGACCUCACAAUGGACGUUGCCCGCAACAGCCUCAACCCUGAAGAUCUGCGAAACGCCGCCAAGCUUUGUAAGAACAACCUCCUCCCCCGAGCCAUCAGCAUUUUGCAACGAGCAAUCGCCCUGGCUCCCGGGUUCCACCUCCUCCACUACGACCUUGGCGUCUGCUACAAGGCGCAGCUGAAAGGAGGAGCCCCGGAGGAGAGAGAAGAGAUCUUGGCCGCCGCUAUCGAGAGCUUCCAGCGGGCCGUGGAAGCCAAUCCUCAGUCUAUAUUUUCCCGGCUGGAGCUGGCUCAGCUGUAUAGUGAAAAGACCCUGCUUUACGCGGAAGAGAUGUACCAGAACCUGCUGGAGGAGCUCCCGAAGGCCAGCAAGCGGUGCCAGCAGGCCAUCUAUCUGCACUGGGGGGACUUCCUCCUCCACAGGAAGGGGCUGAGGCGGGAGGCGCUGGAGAUGUAUGAGGCUGGCUACUUGAUCCUCAGCGGCCACUGCAAAGAGUGGCACCUUCUGAGACAGAGGCUGAUGAAGAUGGCCAAGAAGUUCGAGGAAGACUCUGAGAUGGGCGGAGUGGAGGCGGUCUUUGAGACCCUUCGGCUGAGACCCGAGUUCCAGAAGUAAACGGGGAGGCGGAAUUUAGGUGGGAGACUAGCUCAGUUUUGAGGAUCAUCUGUAAUUGGCUUAAGUCUCUAUAGGUCGAUUGCUCUUCCCAGAAAGCUUUGUGUUGAACCUCACUCCGCUCUGUUUGCCAUGGAGGCGGGUGACGGGGAAUUCCAGAGAAGAGGGGAGUGAAUGGUGAGUGAGUGGGGACCUUUCGCGCCUAGCUGCCUGUAACUCUCUCCUGACGAUGCCUCCACUUUUCUCUUGCUAGAAUGUGGAUGUCCUUGAGACGGUUGGU